AUGCCGUUGUCCGUCUCAGCGUCGGCUCUCCCGUCUUUUCGGAAGCAGCAUCUUCUCGUCGAGUUCUCCCGUCUGCGCUAUGCACAGCUUGAUGGCAUUUUCUUGAGUAUCACACCUGGCGACCCGUCACUGUGGUUUGGUGUAAUAUUCGUGCGAAAAGGACCAUACGCGCCCGCAGUCUUACGCUUCCAAAUAUCUUUUCCACCCAGCUAUCCUGCCAUACCACCCCUCGUGACCUUCUCUACCGAUGUCUUUCACCCGCUGCUCACGCCACUUACCACGUAUACUUACACGACUGGAUCCGCCGACACGGAUACCGUAAGUGCAACAGACGAGGAACGGCUACCACCUGGAGGGUUCAGUUUACGACACGGCUUUCCACACUGGUUCGGAAGAGCUCGAAGAUCUGUACCAAAUUCUCGUGAUGUCAGUGCAUCUUCAAAUGUACUUCCUAUGCGUUCCGACUCCAAUGUUACCUCUGGUGUCCUCGGCGGUACCCAGCCAACGGCCGAAUACUCCAUCGUACGCAUGCUAGAGUACAUCCGCUCGACGUUUAGUGAAGAAUCAAUAUUGGACUCACUCCCGUUAGAGGCAGCUGCGAACCCAGGCGCCUACCACGCGUGGCGGGCGCAUCGGGCUCCAGUAUUGCAAUCUCAACAGUCAAACCCAACAUCUCCUAGCCUUGAGCCUUCCACGACGGAGAAUCCAGAGGGUGCGUCUGCACUUGGACGUAAUCGACGACCAGGAGAGUGGAACUGGGAAGGAGUAUGGGAAGAUCGCGUAAGAAAAGCAGUCAAGGCUAGUAUAUCUGAGCCAGUCCUAUUCGGCACUGGCGCUGGGGAAGACAUAAUUCGCUUUCGCGAAGCGGACGACGAGAUGCAUGAGCAGAUGAAGAAGCACAUGGAAGUCGCUGCCACACAAAUUGGUGAGGCGUAG